AUGGGCUACCUUGGUCGAGACUCUGAUAAAGGGCAUCGCUAUGUUACGGCCCUGGACAAUGCGCGUUGCCAGAAUAAAUGGGAAGAAGUUCCGGAGUUGAUUCGGAAAGUCACCAAACAUGCUCCGCAGAGAACAUGUCUCCUCGAAGUAGCCAGCGCUGAAUACCAGCUGGCCUCACACCUUCAAAAGCAUCCCUCCACCCCCCGCCCUUCCUCCGCCGCCGGUCUCCAUGACCUGAUUCCAUCACUCCUAUCCACCGUCAACCGGGCAGAAGGAUCGAAGCAAGAAGUUUUCCAGGCGCAGGUCUGCUUGGGAUGGGUACAUUGGACUGUCAAUGAGCUAGGCUUGGCAGCUGCCCGGUUUCCUCAAGAUUUUGUAGAGGCCGUGAGUGAGCUCGAGCAGGCAGGGGAAGAGCUCUCGCCAUGGACCAAGACAUGCCUUGUCAAGGCGUGCUAUCUCAAGGGUUCUGCACAGCGCAUGACCUCCGACCCCGAAGGCGCCCUGGAGACCCUUCAUUCGCUUACGCCAUGGGUGAACAGUCAGCUCCAAUCCCCUACAAACAGCGCCCAAUUUCUCUACUGGUCUGAGAAACUACUGGGCCAAGGCGCCUCCCUGGCAUGCGAGGAAGCCAGCAGAGACCUUGCCGCUGCUAAUGCUCAAACGAUAGCCACGACGCUAGGUUUCUUCAGACUGUGGGCAUCUCAUCCUUCAGUCAAGCAAAUGACCUUGCCUCAAGGCAUGCUUAUGGACGGCACUACCGAGCCUAUUUCGAAAUCACCGACCUGGAAAUCGUACUACAAUCUGCUAUCAAGUAUCUUGCAACAGGGCCUGCCGUAUUGCCCUCCUGCAAAUGGACCUGAACGCCCGCAGCUCGCCAGUGAAAUCCGACGCGUUGAGGGGCUUUGUGAAGCUAGCAUUCUGCGCGAGACGAAAUUCCCUACGGCUGAUUCGAGCAACCCGGAAGUUGAGGCUUGGGUCGAACAAGUCAUUCAGAACUGGGAGGUGCUAUGCGGUGCCGGUUGGUCAGACGAAGAGCUUGGAGAGGGUGGCCAGAAUGCCGUCGGCAGGAAUGUCCUUGAUAUUCUUUACCGCGCUGCUACCAAGACAUACCACUCACACUUGAUUUUGAGGCGUCUGUUCCACGUGCAUUGUGCACUCGCGGACUAUGACCUCGCUCUGAGGGCGCUCGAUUCAUAUAUCGAAAUUGUCACAAGUGCCAAAGAGCGGGCGGCAAAAGGAGCUGAGUCGGGAGACCUGGAAAAUGACGGGAUCCUUUUGCGCACCGUGUCGGAGGGUGUUACGAUGCUGAGUUGCUUCGGCUCGGAAAAAGAGGCCGAGAAAGCAAAGGAUCUCACAUCUCUUCUGAAAGAGUUUACCGAGAAGCAUGUACAGGAUGAUGAAGACCAAGGCAUGGUUCUCAUUGUGCCUGAAACUAGCUCUACCCGCUCCCAGGCAGUCCCCCCAUCCGACAUCGCUGCAGCUUACAGAGGAAUCGGUAUCGGGCUUGCUAAUUGGGCUUAUUGGACUCCCGUGAACGAAGAUCGCGACGACAUCCGGGCAGAAGCUAUUGACUACCUGGAGAGAAGCCUGGCCCCGGAGCUUGAAGACGAGUCAAACUGCUCCUCUUUAUAUACCCUGGCUGUUCUUCUAGCAGAGAACCGUGAUCUAGAUGGUGCCAUCGACUACGUCAAGUCGGCGUUGACAUCCGAUGCACAGCACAAAACAGGUCAAGCCGAUUUUGCUCGGGAAAGAGAUCUGGUGCCCCUGUGGCAUCUGCUUGCUCUUCUUCUCAGCGCGAAGCAGGACUUCGACAUUGCCGAACGCUCGUGUGAAGCCGCAUUUGAGCAGUUCCCUGCUACGGUGACGUCCCUCGCCCAUAGCGACAGACGACCGCAAAAGCAGAAUCACACUUCUCAAGACCAGAUCGCGGGCAUCACUCAUGAGCUUAUCGAGAAGCUACGAGUCCGCGAGAAGGAGCGUAUUAUUGAGACCAGGAUGACCCAGUUGGCGUUUGUUGAACUCGUCGAGGGUCCGGGAGCUGCUGUUAACCAUAGCGACCAGCUCCUUAGUCUAUUCGCCACACUUUUCCACUCUCUGAACCUAGAAGAUAACGAGAAGCCAAAUACCAAGGCUGAGCAUGAGCACGAGCACCUUGUUCCCCCGAAAAGCUCUGCUGGGACUGUGAAGAGCCUCCGCGGCAGCAUCUUUGGACGGCACAAGGGACCCCGCGCUCCUGAAAGGAGGGCAGAUUUCGGACAAGAGCCCAAGACAGACAACUCGGCCUUGACAGAUUCGGCCCCGGCAAUACAAGUUACCGAUGGGGAGAAGUCGGGGCUUAAUGAGGGCACAGACUCACGUCAGGCCCGUAAAAGGAGCAAUACCUUGAGAAAGGCAGAUGCUACUAACUCAAGCCAUGUCAACGGCGAUAGCGAGACUCAGGCUGGGCCUGACGCUAGUAACCCUGUUCCAGACAUGGUUGGACUAGCCGUGUCGGACGCAGCGGCCCAGCCCCAGAGCGCAAAGCAGCCAUUGGGACCUAUGGCUCACAAUAUGAAGCACAACCAACCACCCGCUCCGGCCGGGCAUUCCAAGCAGCCACCGGAGCAGGAUAUCCGACUUCCUACAUCGUACGCCUUCGACACUCCCACCAGGGCGGUGACCAAGGUCCCACCUACUCAGGCCCAAAAGCAUGGCCUGUGCAUCCUCGUCAAGGUUUGGCUGCUUAUUGCUGGGCUCUAUCGUCGGGCAUCAUCUUUCGAGGAUGCUCACGAGGCAUGCGAGGAAGCAGCCAAACAGGUAACGCGCUUCGAAGCUCUUGUGGCGUCACAAGAGACAUCCGCUAGAGCGUUUAGGGAGCGUGGAUGGGGCGUCCCCAAGAGCACUGAUGAACUAUGGGCAGACGUUUAUGCCGAGCGCGGUCUCCAGUCCAUCGACCAGACUCGCCCGCAUGAAGCGAUGGAGCACUUCGAGACAGCGCUUCUCCAUUAUGCGGAUCAUCCGAAGGCAAUUAUUGGUUUGUCAAAUCUGCUCCUCGACGUCUGGGAAGAGAAAAUGCCUUUGCAGCCUCCCAAGCCCCGGCUUGAUGCCGGCGUAUCGACGCUGUCGCUGUUCCCGAGCAAAUCUAGCAAACCAUCAUCCGAAGACGACGCGAAGCGGUCGAGUCAAGCGCAAAAGCCGCAGGCUAAGACCGUCCCGGAUUCAGACGACGAAGAGCCUCGACUCCUAAACCGCAUCGCGGCCCGCGAACGUGCCUUUGGGCUGUUGUCCGGGUUGACCAAGCGUGGCAGUGCGUGGGACAACUCCGAGGCGUGGUAUGCACUCUCCCGCGCGUACGAGGCGGAAAGUCAGAUCCAAAAGUUGAGAGAUGUUCUGUGGUGGUGUGUCGAGCUUGAAGACCGACGCCCCAUUCGGCACUGGUCCAACAUCGGCUCCGGUAUAUACGUUCUCUGAUUAUUGUAUCUACAUCGUCAAGGGAGCUGUUUUGUGGCAUUUGAUUUGGCAUUUGGUUGCUGUGAUACCUCGGUGAUAUCCUCAUGUGCAUAAUUAGACUACGGACUACUGUAUAGAACUGGCAGGUCAAUGGGGAUACUAAUUGUGACAAUCGCGAUAG